CUCUGCGCUAAAAAAAGUAGUAAAUUGCUCUCCCAAAGUUUUGGCUGCCCCAGCCUCGCAACUAACCGCAACACACCGCAAAACACCUCCGCAGCCUCCAGCUGCACUUCACAAGCAACCACAGCACCGAGCGCCGGAUUUCGGCGCACAAAAAAAACAACACAGAAAAAAACAUGGGCUGCUCCUCGUCCCUCCCGAGCGAAGUGAUCCCGGACCCCGGGCCCACCGAGCAAUGUACGUUCACCGUGAAGAGCGCCGGCAUGUUCAAGGGCGACGAUUGCUUCGCCUACCGUGGCGACCAGCGCAUAAAAUCAAAUUGUCGCGGCGCGUCCGAAUCAUGGACCUCCACGCCAUCGACGCGACGCCAGCUCGAUGGCGUGGCGUUGUGGUCUAUUACUUCCAUCCAACGAGCACCCGACUCACUGUUUGAUUUGCGCACAGGCGGCGACUCGACGGACAAGGACGACAAGUGGAUGAUCCUGGACAAGUCCAAGCCCACGGGCGACCCGCGCGUGAACGUCGCCGCGGGCCAGCGGCUGCUGGAACUAGAGAAUUUUAAUCGCGCCGAGGGCUCGAAGAAGGGCGAGAUUUUACUCAGCGCCGUCUUCGACUCGAAGCCGGCGUUCACCGUCAUGUCUAAAUCUGAGUUCUCCCAAACCCAGCUCCGCCCGGCCUGGGCCAUGCAAUUCAGCAAGGCCGUGCCCGUUCAAAUUCCGCAGUGCGCCGGCUUCUUCGACGUCACGAUGCCAUCAGGCGUCAUGGUCCGCGCCGUGCCUCCGCCCGGCUCGCAGCCGGGGCAAGUCAUGCAGAUCUGCGAUCCCGGCGCCAAGACGCCUGACUCCGUCUACAUCGACAAGGCCUAUAAAAUGAUGCAGCAAGGUAGCUUCCGCUACGCCAAGCUCAAGAAGUUCAGCUCCAAGACGGGCUGCUCGAUCAUGCCGGGCACACGCUGCCAGCAGUUCCCGGCCGGCUUCCACCUGAAUGUCUUCAUAGAAGGCACGACCGUGGCGCGUUACUGCUGGGUUGAGGGUCACCGUGAUGAUGAUGGCCACUGGCACGAAGGCCAUUACACCAAGUCCGAAAAAGCCUUCAUCGAUCAGACGUGCUUCCAGCUCCUGCAGAAGCCGAACGAAGGUGGCGGCGAGCCUACGGAAAUUGCUUCGUGGUCGUGCCCUGGAGAGCUAGAGGGAGGUGAUAUCACGACGGAGAACGCGUUGUUCUCGACGCUACAGGAGGGUGGCUGGGCCUCGUCGAAGCUCCGCGUGCAGACGAAGGAGUUCUGGGACCCCUGCCUCAGCCUCAUCAUCAGCUACCUGACGUCGAAGGAGUAUUGCCCCAAGGAAUUGAAAGGCGAUUUCUCCAAGACGUUCACGUGGCCGAGCGGACCGAGCGGGCACCGAGAGCACCGCCGCCGCCACCACCGCCGCGGCAACCACUGGGACGACUACGACGACUACGAUUCCGACCGCGAGGGCCAUAGUCCGGCGGGCGUCCGCGUCGGCUUCAGCUGGGGCGGCUGACCACUUCACGAACCAUUCAAGUCCCUGUACCAUGUUUUCCCCUUUUUGACUCCCACCUCAUUCCUGCCCCAAGUAAGUCCCCAAGUAAGUUUGACAACAAAAUUACUAGUUC